AUGGGGACAGCUGCCGUGCCUCGGAAGCUCGGCGCGCAGUUGGCCGCGCCAUCCGCCGGCCCCACUUUCGCGGAAGUUCUCGCUGCAUCUGUCGUUACCCCUGGCAGCGCCGAUCCCGCUGGGGCAGUUACCGCCACGCCUCUCCCUGCUGCUUCUGCCGCUGCUGCCGCGCCUGCAGCUUCUCGGCCCGUUGUUUCCACUAACGCAGCUCCUACCGCUCCGGUAAAGACUCCCACUGGGAAACCCACGCCUGCUGCACUCGCCAAGGGAAAGCCAGCCAGCAAUGGCGCCGCCGCAGCCGCAGCCGCCGCUCCCGCGUCCCUACCUGCGCCGAAGCAGGGUGGCCCCACGCCGAAGCAGGGUGGCCCCACGCCGAAGCAGAGUGGGCCCACGCCGAAGCAGAGUGGGCCCACGCCGAAGCACAGUGGGCCCACGCCGAAGCAGAGUGGGCCCACGCCGAAGCAGAGUGACUCCUCGCCGAAGCAGAGUGGUUCUGUGCCGAAGCUGCCCCCUGUUCCCAAACCGGACGCACCUAAGCCCGACGCGUCCCAUCCUAAGCCCGGUGCUCUUCCCUCCAAUCCCGCACCUUCAGCAAAGCCACUCGCAACCGUUCUAUCAGCUGGUAGCUCACCGCUGGUAACGACCAAGGCCGUCAACUCGACUGGUGCAGCUGGCAAUUCGACUGGUGCAGUCGGCAAUUCUACCGCCCCGGCAGGAAAUAGCACCGGGUCAGCGGGGAACUCUACCGAGGCAGCGACUACUCCGGCAUAUGCCGUGGGAUCGCGCGACUGCCAGUACGGGCAAGUCAAGCAGCUUCACGCAUGCGCCGUUGGAUUCGCGCAGUCCGCCAAGAUCCGCGGCGGCCAGUGGCCGACAUCAUCGUUGUACGAAGUUGAAACGGAAGAUGACACGGUGGUGAACGGGAGGCCCGUGGAGAAAUCGUUGCGGUUCGCGCUGAUGAAUUUCCCCGAGGGGGUGAUCAUCACGUUUGCGCGAAGCAUGGAGAUCGUGCUACAGAGUAACCUGUUUUUGCGUUCGCGAGUGACGAUCGACGGGCGCGGCGUGCACGUGCGCAUCACCAAUGGCAGCAUCGUCCUGCAAAACGUGAAUGACGUCAUCAUUCAUAAUAUCGAAGUGUCGGGUAACCCGCGAGGCGAUCUGAUUCCCAUCUACAACAGCAGCCGCGUGUGGAUCGACCACUGCCGCAUGCAGGACGCCCUGACGGGCACGGUCGACGUGGCAAGGGGCUCCACUGACGUCACCAUCUCAAAUUCCUACAUCAGCAGCCGCGGCCAGACGAUGCAGCUUGGCUUGUCGGACACUGAAGAAGCGGACAAGAAUAUGCGAGUCACGAUCUACCGCAAUUGGUUCAACACAUCCGGCUCCAUGCAACCCCUCUGCCGCAAGGGACGCUGCCACGUGGCAAACAACCUCUACACCCACUGGUCCUACUACUGCCUCGCCGCGCGCCGCGGCGCGCAAAUCCGUUUCCAGCAGCAGAACUUCUCCAGCAACAAUCUCUCUCUACAACACAAGCAGCACGUGGAUCGACCACUGCCGCUUCUCCAACCUCUCAGCCACCCUCCCAGCCAUCGAGCUCGCUCGUAA